CUCUAGCAAUAAUGUGUGGGGUCGUAGGAAGGGGAUGUGGGGUUGCAGGGGAUGUGGAAGUUUCAGAUGCUUUGGGAUUUGUGAGGUUCUGGAUGUGAGGGAGUAAUAGGUGUGUUUUACCGAGGUUUGUGUUGGUAUGUGGGGUUGUAUUUGUAUGCAUUGGAGUCUGUGGGGUUGCAGGUGUGUGUUGCAGUAUGAUAUAUUAUGGGGAAAUUUUGUCAAGGGGCUGUUUUUUCCAGUUCUUUGUGUCUGAGCAUCACCAGUGUGUGGAAAGGGUAGGUAUUUCAUGGUACCCAUGACAGUUUAUUAGAUUUCUAAAUGUGCCCCUGGGCCCUCAAAAAUGGGAGUAUCUUAGUAUACUGAAAGUGCAUGAGAGAAGGUAUCACACACACCCCAGAAAACCCCCCAAAUCUAGGAGUGAUAUAUUAAAUAAGCAACCUCUUAAACCACUACAGGAAAAUCUCCGGCUUGUUUCCUGUAAUAGAAACUCUGGUAGCUGUGGAGUUGCACUCAAAGAACAGAAGUUAUUCUGGGAUGUUUCUCAGAGAGUCAGGGCAACAUCUGGCUUCCUUGAUAUACCAGAGGAGAAGGUGGUGUGUUGCUCUUUGAUAGCCCAACAUUGCUGACUCACGCCUGGAACCUGGUAGGCCUCUGUGGAAAUCCCCCCACCCCAUGGGGUCAGUCUGCACACCUCAAAGCUCCUGGCUUAAAUAGUUUGGAGGAAGGAAGGAAAGUGACGGGGGUGAACUCAUAGCCAAGUGACAUACAGUCCUGGAGAGGGACUCAUCUUCACGGCUGCCUGGAGAAAAACUCCGUACUGUCAGAACUCCCACCUGCUUCCCUGUGGACAUUUGCUGAGAGACAACCAGAGCGAAAUAACCGUUCACCAGCAGUGUUUUGCGGGCAGAAGAAGAGACGAUGGCAAGUCGACUUCGCAGCCCCCUGAAGGAACCGGAGAUUGAGCUCUUUGUCAAGGCUGGCUUAGAUGGAGAGAACAUUGGGAACUGCCCCUUCUGCCAAAGCCUCUUCAUGGUCUUGUGGCUCAAAGGCGUCCGGUUCAACGUGACAACAGUUGAUAUGACCAGGAAACCUGAAGAGCUAAAGGACCUGGCCCCUGGGACCAAGCCUCCGUUCAUGGUGUUCAACAAGGAGCUGAAAACAGACUUCCUGAAGAUUGAAGACUUUCUGGAGCAGACUCUUCCACCACCCAAAUACCCCCGGCUCACCCCACAAAACCAGGAUUCUAUGGCUGUUGGCAGGAACAUUUUUGCCAAGUUCUCUGCGUACAUCAAGAACCCCCACAAGGAAGCAAACAAAAAUAUGGAAAAGGCUUUGUUGAGAGAAUUCAAGCGCCUGGAUGAUUAUUUAAGCACUCCACUCCCAGAGGAAAUUGACCAAGAUUGUGCAGAAGAUGUGCCGGUCUCCAAGAGAAAGUUCCUAGAUGGGAAUUGGAUGACAUUAGCUGAUUGCAACCUGCUUCCCAAACUCCACAUAAUCAAGAUCGCUGCAAAAAAGUACCGCAACUUUGAGAUCCCCUUGGAGAUGACAGCAGUUUGGCGCUAUCUCCACAACGCCUACGCCCGCGAUGAGUUCAGUCACACCUGCCCAGCUGAUGAGGAGAUUGAACACACCUAUGCCACUGUGGCCAAGAAGAUGAGCUAAGAGCCAUAUUCCAUUCACAUUGGCUCCUGGCAUUUCCAACUCUCCUUCUCGAGAGGCUCUCGUCAGUGAGUUCUUUUCAUCAUGCUGGCUUCAAGAGACACCCCUCACAUUUGUUCUGGACACUCCACCACACUAGACCUAAAGGAGUUCUUCAAACUUUUUAGGGAAAAAUAAGUCUCUUCAUUCUGUCUGUUCUGUCACAUCUGAGUGCCUUCUUCCCAUGAUGUCCAGAAGUGCUAUACAUUCCACUUUGUGGUGGCAGAAGUAGCUAACAACCCAUGACCUUUGGACAUGGUUGGUAUGUGGCAGUGGGGGGCUGGUGGCCGUUGAGACUAGUAUGGCGGGUAGCUGGGAGGCCAACAGUAGGUGGAGCCAGAGCUGAUGGGUGGGGGCUGGGAAACAUACACCUGUAAAGUGCCUGCUUGGGGCCGGUGAAGGCAAUCAUCACUAAAUGCUGCCAUUUUCUAACCACAACACUCCAGGUUCCCCUUUGGCUCCAUCUCAGCUGACAAGAUUGUGCCCUAUCUGUGCUGGUUGCCCGCCCCAGUUAAUAGCUAAUGAUACUGUAUGAGGGUAGUAGCAAUAUUUGCAAUGUUUGCAAUGUAAUCAAAUAUACA